AGUUACAUUACUAUUAACCACCGCAUGGUCCUAGAUUCUCUCCUUUCUUAUAACACUUGUUAGUUCAUUUGACCACAACCCUUACAAAUUAAAUGUUGCCUAACAAAGUUGUCACAAUUGUUUGAAAGCCCAGGAGAAAAAAGAGAGCAGAAACCUCAAACCAUGGAAGAAACCACACAUCAUGGCAUCAGAACUCCUCUGAUGAGCAGGGAUGAGAAAGAUGAAGAUAGUACUGAUAACAACCUCCCAUCAUCAUCAAAAUCUCGAACUUCAGAGAUUAACCAAGCUCAUGAUGAAGAAAACUCACCUGUCAAGCAAGUUGCUUUAACAGUACCUACAACAGAUGACCCUUCUCUACCGGUCCUCACUUUCAGAAUGUGGGUGUUAGGCACUUUAUCAUGUGUCCUACUAUCAUUUCUCAACCAGUUCUUUUGGUACAGGACAGAGCCUUUAUCUAUAACAGCUAUAUCUGCUCAGAUUGCUGUGGUGCCUCUUGGUCAAUUAAUGGCUGCAAAAAUCACCGACCGGGUCUUCUUUAAAGGAACUCGAUGUGAAUUCACCUUGAAUCCAGGACCUUUCAAUGUUAAAGAACAUGUUCUUAUCACUAUCUUUGCCAAUUCUGGAGCAGGCAGUGUUUAUGCCAUUCAUAUUGUUACUGUUGUUAAGGCAUUUUAUAAGAAAAAUAUUACAUUCUUUGUGUCAUUCAUUGUUAUCAUUACAACCCAGGUAUUGGGGUUUGGAUGGGCUGGGAUAUUUAGAAGGUAUUUGGUGGAACCCGCUGCUAUGUGGUGGCCAGCAAAUCUUGUUCAAGUUUCAUUGUUCAGGGCUCUGCAUGAGAAAGAAGAACGGUCCAAAGGUGGCGUGACACGCACCCAAUUCUUCCUCAUAGCUUUCACAUGCAGCUUCGCUUACUAUGUCUUCCCAGGCUACCUCUUUGAAAUGCUAACUUCACUCUCUUGGAUAUGCUGGAUAUUCCCAAAAUCAAUCCUAGCCCAACAACUAGGUUCAGGUCUUUAUGGGCUUGGAAUUGGUGCUUUUGGGCUUGAUUGGUCCACUAUCUCUUCCUACCUUGGAAGCCCACUCGCAAGCCCAUGGUUUGCCACAGCUAAUGUUGCGGCAGGUUUUGUUUUAAUCAUGUACGUUUUGACUCCCCUGUGCUAUUGGUUUAAUGUCUACAAGGCCAAAACCUUCCCUAUCUUCUCCGAUGAUCUCUUCACAGCAACAGGUCAAGAGUAUAAUAUCUCAGCUAUUAUUGAUUCCAAUUUCCACCUUGACCUAGCAGCCUACGACCGCGAAGGACCUCUUUACCUUAGCACAUUUUUUGCUGUGACUUAUGGUGUUGGUUUUGCUGCACUCACUGCUACGAUUGUGCAUGUUGCACUCUUUCAUGGAAGGGAAAUAUGGGAGCAAAGCAUGGCAAGUUUUCAAGAGAAAACAAUGGACAUACACACAAGACACAUGAGGAAGUACAAUCAAGUUCCCGAGUGGUGGUUUGUGUGCAUCCUUUUGGUUAAUAUUGCACUCACCAUAUUUGCUUGUGAGUAUUACAAAGAUCAGCUUCAGUUGCCUUGGUGGGGCGUCUUACUAGCUUGUGGAAUUGCCAUAACUUUCACUCUUCCAAUCGGGAUCAUCACUGCCAUUACUAAUCAGUCACCAGGAUUGAACAUUAUCACAGAGUAUAUAAUUGGGUACAUCUAUCCUGGAUAUCCAGUUGCUAACAUGUGCUUUAAGGUUUAUGGGUACAUAAGCAUGACACAGGCUAUAACUUUCCUGCAAGACUUCAAACUUGGUCACUACAUGAAAAUCCCUCCUAGAACAAUGUUCAUGGCACAAGUCGUGGGAACCAUUAUAGCCUGCAUUACCUACUUGGGCACGGCAUGGUGGUUACUGGAAACAAUUACUGAUAUUUGUGACUCAACAGCGUCUGAUAGCGUAUGGACAUGUCCAAGUGACCAUGUCUUCUACGAUGCAUCUGUGAUUUGGGGUUUGAUCGGACCGCGAAGAAUUUUUGGAAACUUGGGUACAUAUGAAGCCGUGAAUUGGUUCUUCCUAGCUGGAGCAAUUGCGCCUAUCCUUGUAUGGCUAGCUGCUAAGGCAUUCCCACAACAAGAGUGGAUUCGUCUCAUUAACAUGCCAGUGUUAAUAGGCGCCACAGGAAUGAUGCCCCCGGCAACUGCAGUCAACUACACAACUUGGGUCCUUGUCGGUUUCCUAUCAGGCUUUGUUGUGUAUAGGUAUAAGCCAGACUUGUGGCAAAGAUACAACUAUGUCCUUUCUGGGUCAUUAGAUGCUGGUCUUGCCUUCAUGGGGGUGCUAUUAUAUUUUUGCUUGGGGUUGGAGAAUAUUAGCAUUAAUUGGUGGGGAAAUGACCUUGAUGGAUGUCCCUUGGCUUCCUGCCCAACAGCUAAAGGAGUCUCUGUUGAAGGCUGCCCGGUUUUUACCUAGAGAUAUAUCAGAAGACUGUUAGACACACAAUCAUGUUUAUUAAGGCUUGAACUAGACAGAUAGGAGCGGGUAUUUCAACUUUUGUACAGAGUAAAUGAACAUAUUUGGUGCAUUGAAAAUGAUUUGUAUGAUUACAUCUUAGAUCAUGAAGCUGAACCUUUCUCAGAUUGUAUGACAUUUCUAACGGGGGUCUGCCAUGAUCAAUGAUGAGCUCAAUAUAUUCUCCACGAUGGAGCCUUUGCUUGUAA